GAAAAGAAAGUCAAGCUGGUGAGUAGGGCUAAUGUGUUUUCCUCUCUUCCAGAUGCUGGCCAAGAAGAGGUGAUAGAAAAGAGAACAGUCUAGAACCUAAGACUUAGUCCUAGUGUAAAUUUCUGCACCAGGAUGGAAGGGGAAUCUUACUUCAAUGCAACCUCUGUCAAUGACACCCCAGUAAAUCACCAGCCUUUGGAACGCCAUGGGUUGUGGGAGGUCAUCACCAUCGCAGCUGUGACUGCUGUGGUAAGCCUGAUCACCACUGUCGGCAACGUCUUGGUCAUGAUCUCCUUCAAAGUCAACAGUCAGCUCAAGACAGUUAACAACUAUUACCUGCUCAGCUUAGCCUGUGCAGAUCUCAUCAUUGGGAUUUUCUCCAUGAACCUCUAUACUACGUACAUCCUCAUGGGACGCUGGGCUCUUGGGAGCCUGGCUUGUGAUCUCUGGCUUGCACUGGACUACGUGGCCAGCAAUGCUUCUGUCAUGAACCUUCUGGUGAUCAGUUUUGACCGUUACUUUUCCAUCACAAGACCUCUCACAUAUAGAGCCAAGCGAACCCCAAAGAGGGCUGGCAUCAUGAUUGGCUUGGCCUGGCUGAUCUCCUUCAUCCUCUGGGCCCCAGCAAUCCUCUGCUGGCAAUACUUGGUCGGGAAGCGAACGGUUCCACCAGAUGAGUGCCAGAUCCAGUUCCUCUCUGAGCCCACCAUUACUUUUGGCACUGCCAUUGCUGCCUUCUACAUCCCUGUUUCUGUUAUGACCAUCCUCUACUGCCGAAUCUACCGGGAAACAGAGAAGCGAACCAAGGACCUGGCUGACCUCCAAGGCUCUGACUCUGUUACUGAAGCUGAGAAGAGAAAGCCUGCUCACAGUGCUCUGUUUAGAUCCUGCUUUCGCUGCCCUCGACCCACCCUGACCCAGAGAGAAAGGAACCAGGCCUCCUGGUCAUCCUCCCGCAGGAGCACCUCCACCACUGGGAAGCCAUCCCAAGACCCUGGCCCAAGCGCCGACUGGGCCAAAUCUGAGCAACUCACUUCCUGUAGCAGCUACCCCUCCUCAGAGGACGAGGACAAGCCCAGCACUGACCCUGUCUUCCAAGUGGUCUACAAGAGUCAGACCAAGGAAAGCCCAAGGGAAGAAUUCAGUGCUGAAGAGACCAAGGAAACUUUUGUGAAAGCUCAAACUGAAACAAAUGACUAUGACACCCCAAAAUACUUUCUGCCUCCAGCUGCUGCUCAUAGAUCCAAGAGUCAGAAAUGUGUGGCCUAUAAAUUCCGAAUGGUGGUAAAAGCAGACAGGACCCAGGAGACAAACAAUGGCUGUCACAAGGUGAAAAUCAUGCCCUGCUCCUUCCCAGUGUCUAAGGACCCUUCAACAAAAGGCCUCGAUCCCAACCUCAGCCAUCAAAUGACGAAACGAAAGAGAAUGGUCCUAGUCAAAGAGAGGAAAGCAGCCCAGACCUUGAGUGCCGUUCUCCUGGCCUUCAUCAUCACAUGGACCCCUUAUAAUAUCAUGGUCCUGGUUUCCACCUUCUGUGACAAGUGUGUCCCAGUCACCCUAUGGCACUUGGGCUAUUGGUUGUGCUAUGUCAAUAGCACUGUUAACCCCAUCUGCUAUGCCCUCUGCAACAGAACCUUCAGGAAGACCUUUAAGAUGCUGCUUCUCUGCAGAUGGAAAAAGAAAAAAGUGGAAGAGAAGUUGUACUGGCAGGGGAACAUCAAGCUACCCUGAAAAGUUAACAACUCCUCUCAAAAGAAUAAUGACCGUAGUCAACUUCCUCUGAGGAUGGGCAAGCUGAUUCUGGUUUAUUCAUUUUCAAAAAGGAUAUCUGCUGUUUUGAGUUCCUGAGGACUUUUGUAAAGGCUCAAAGACUGCUGCCAAAAGGAAGGAGUCACCACUGCAGCAGUUGCUUCUGUAUUAAAUGAUUCUCAUGCAUGACAAGGGCCACCUGAUGCCACUUAGAGUUUGCCAAUGAAGUGAAGAGAUAGACUCAUGGACCUUCACAGGAGGAAAAACACUAGGUCACAACGAACAACGACUUAGGAAACUUCUGUCUAACCUUCUGUGGGGAACAGCAGAGGUAGAAACAUCCCCUGUGGAAACCUGUCAUAGAGUUUUGUGCAAUAUGUAUGUGUCUGUAAAGUUGUCUUGUGCCAGUGAGAACCAGGAGAAUGUAAGUCAGUGUUACCAUCACAAGAGUGAUGCUCAACUGGCUUCUAAGAAUAUGUUUCUUCAUAAACCGAUCAGUAUUUAUUAUGCAGCUAUUUUGUGAUCUGUACUGUGGCAUGUUUUCCCAUCCCUACAACUGAGUGAAACUUUUGGUCUGC